CUCACUUAUUACAUAUAUAUAUAUAUAUACUCCAUAUUCAUUUAUCUUGAAUAAUAAUAAUAAUAAUAAUAAUAUUAAAUUGAAAUAUUUAAAUGGGUUUUAAUGGAUGGAUGCUCACAAGUGGCCACUUCCCCCAAGACAAGGAUCCAUUAACUCUCCCAUCAAAAGACGACAAGUAGGUUUGUGUUUAGAUGGCAGCCCCAGCUCAGCUCAAAACUCAUUCCCAACAAUUUCAACCCCAGACUCACAGAUCCAAACGCCGCAAGCGCCGAGACACCACCAGCGUCGCUGCCGCACCGCCGCACGUUGUGUCCACUGACGGUGCUUGGUGUUGCUCUGCUUCAAAAUCCCAUUCCUCCUCUCCUCGCCGGGCUGCACCGCCACCACCACCACCUCCUCCUCCGCCACUGCUUCCGCCACCUCCUCCUCCACCUCCGCCUCCGCCUCCGCCUCCGCCACCGCGGUUUUGGGCUUCUCCAGCCAUGGACACAUCGCCGGUGCCGUACACCGGUUACGCUCCAUACCCAUCAAGCUACAGCAAGUUCAACACGGCUCUCAACGCUGGGCUUCUCAACCCCAUGUCUCCCCCGCCGCUGCUCGACAAGACUCGAUCCAGCCCUACUCUCUUCGACAUGAUGGCUAACGAGCAGGACUACCACCCGAGACCACAAGCUUCUGCUCAGCCGCCGCCUCCGGCGGCGGCGCAAGACCGGCAGCUAGUCCUCCAGGAACGGGUAGCGCUUCUUCUCGGCAGUCGUAGCCCUGGGAACCAGUUCAAUGACCCAGAAACCAGCGACGUGAGACUCACUCUCAGCUCCAAAGACGGGCUCAGCAUCUCCAUGAACGUCCAUCGCCACAUCCUCGUCACUCACAGCCGGUUCUUCGCCGGAAAACUCUCUGACCGGUGGUCAAAACAGCAGAGGUCUCUUCCUCACCUUGUUGAGAUCUCUGAUUGCGACGAUGUGGAGGUCUACGUUGAGACUCUUCGUCUCAUGUACUCCAAGGACAUUCGCCGGCGUCUCAUGAAGGAGGAUGUGUCUAAGAUCCUUGGCAUUCUCAAGGUUUCGUCGGCGAUUGGGUUUGAUGCUGGGGUUUUGUCUUGCUUGGAGUACUUGGAGGCGGCGCCAUGGGCAGAAGACGAAGAGGAGAAGGUGGCGUCUUUACUUGCUCAGCUGCAUCUUGAGAGUUCAGGAGCAGGGGAAGUGCUGAAAAGAGUGUCUUUGGAGCUUGCCCCUUCUUCAAUGGAGGAUGGAAGUAGCAAUGGAGGUGGAGGGGAAGAGAUCCUUGUGAGACUCCUACAGGUGGUGCUUGAAGGGAAGGAUGAGAAGGCAAGGAGAGAAAUGAAAGGCCUAGUUUCCAAAAUGCUUAGAGAGAACAACAAUGGUGGUGGUGGUGGUGGUGGUGGUGGUGUUGGACAUUGCUCUGGAGAUCUCAGUAAAGGGUCUUUGUACUCAGCUUGUGAUGGUUGUCUCAGGCUUCUUCGACACCAUUUCUUCCAAGCAGCGGCCGGAGAAUUCAAUGAAGUAGCUCAGAUUGCUCGGCAAGCAGAUAACCUACAUUGGAUUCUAGACAUUCUGAUAGAUAGGCAAAUUGCAGAGGAGUUUUUGACGACAUGGGCAGGAGAGUUGGAGCUCUCAGAGGUGCAUGGGAGAGUACCGGCUUUGCAUCGGUAUGAAAUAAGUAGAGUGACGGCGCGAUUGUUUGUCGGAAUUGGUAAAGGGCAAGUGCUUGUCUCAAAGGAAGUUAGAUGUAUGCUGCUUAGAACAUGGCUGGAGCCAUUCUAUGAGGACUUUGCUUGGAUGAGAAGAGCAUGCAAGGGAUUGGAUCGACAUCUAGUUGAGGAUGGUCUUGGAAAUACGAUACUGACAUUGCCACUGGCAAUGCAACAGGAGAUACUUCUUGCUUGGUUUGAUAGGUUCUUGAACUCUGGCGAUGAUUGCCCGAAUAUACAGAGAGGCUUCGAGGUGUGGUGGAGGAGGGCAUUUUGGCGGCGAAAUGGGGAAGUUGAUCGGUCCGCAUUGCUCAGGAUUGCUGCUGUUUCAGACACUUCUUGAUGAUAAUUCUCAUAGUAAUGACUGUAAAAAUAAUAGCCGGGCUUUUGUUUAUGAUGCAUUGUUUGUUUUGAAUGAGAAUCUGAGAUGAGUUGAGUGAGUGAGUUCACUAAUGCUUAUGCUGUUGUUUUUGCUA